AUGAAUUGCAACGAGCUUCAGGGUCACGCCAAAGCAGACUGCUUCGUCGUCAAGAGGCCUAGGGCGCUGCAAUGGUUCUACAAGGGAGAACUACAAAAAACAUCUGAGGAGGAGCGCCAGGCGGGGCGCUUUGAGCUCUUCCUCGAUCUUCUCUACGUCGCCAUCGUCGCCAACUUUAGCGAUGAGCUGGCAGAGCAUCCAGACGGCGCUCACCUCGCCAAGUACAUCCUCAUCUUCGCCCCGGCCUGGCACAUCUGGGCCGACCUCCGCGAGAUCAUGAACUCGUACUACACCGACGACCUUCUGCAGCGCCUCGUCAUCCUCUGGGUAAUGGCCCUUCUGGUCCUCUACGCCAACAAUGCCAAUUUCGCCGACGAGGACAUCUCGGCCAUGCGCACCACCGUCGGCGCCUACCUCGUCGCUCGCUUCACCACCCUGAGCGUCUUCGUCCUCACUUCGAUUGCUGCCUAUCAGCACCGUACCCAGGCUCGCAUCAUGGCCGCCUUCAUGUUUGUCGGUUUGCUCAUCACAAUUCCUCUCUUCUUUGAGAACAUCAGUAUCCGCGCCAAGGCUGCCGUUGUUGCCGUGUCCAUCUUUUACCAAGAGGCGACUUGGGCCCUCACAUUGAGCCCUUGGAUCAAGCGCAAGCUGAAGCUGACAUACAGCACCGCCGUUGAUAUUGCCCACGAGAUUGAUCGUAUGGGCGCCUUUUUCAUUAUCAUCCUCGGGGAGUUUGUGUACAGCAUCAUUGUGGGUAACAAGACGGGCAUUGGCUUGACAUCCGGAUAUGCCAAGGCCGUUUGUACCUUGGUCAUCGCCUUUGUGCUCAACUGGAUCUAUUCGAGCGGCGACGGCAGCAUCCAGGCUACUCACCCGAUCCGACGGUCCGCUUGGACGGCGUUUGGCUUCUUCCUUCUUCACCUACCGCUAGCGGCUUCGUUCCUCAUCGGAGGUCACGUUGCGGCGGCAAGCACAGGGGUGGAAGAGUUUGAAGAUGGACAGCGCUGGCUUCUUGGAGGAGGGCUGGGAGUUGGCAUGUUUUGCUUAUGGGUGUACGGGAUGCUAUAUCGAGUUGAAGGAGAGUGCGAGCUCUUCCUUACCCAGGUUCCGCGUAUCGGCAUGAGAUUGGUUGUGGCCAUCAUCCUCAUCGUGCUUCCCGAGUCGCACGACCAUCUCAACGCCGAGGACUUUAUGUUUGUCAUCAUGGCUUUGUUCGGCUUCUUAUUGAUCUGGGAGACCAUCGGCGGACUAUCCAAGACGUCCAAGCUCUUUGAGCCUUGGAAUGAGAGGUUCCCGCCGCAAGAGGAGGAAGACACAGAGAGCUUAGCGAACUAG